ACUGCUCUCGCGGCAGUUCAGACCUCGUGCUCGUCCCCCUCGUCUGUCUGUGUGUGGUAUCCGCAGGUCCGGGGCACUCUUUCUGGUGUGUGUGCGUGUGUGUGUGUGUGUGUGUGUUGGGUGUGUGCUGGGGGUGGGGGGAGUUGUUGGGGCGCGGAGAGGAGAACCGGGCCGAGGGGAAGGAAGGAAGCCGCAGAGCUCCCCGGUCCCGGGCUGCGUCUCCCCUCCAGCGCUCUCCUGCCUGCGCGCUCUGAGGCGGUGGUGGCGGCACCGAGCGCUCCUCGCCGGGGACUCGGACGCUCGAGCUGGGAGCAGCGAGGACCCCUUUGCGGCGGCUUCCUGUGUCUGCUGGAGUUAGGAUGCCUGGGCGGUUGAUGCCCACCUACUGAGCCCGGAGUUUCCUCCUCGGCCCUGGGAAGGGCUUGCAGCGGCGGCGGCGGCAGUAGCAGACGGAACAGCAGGCUCUCCUCUCCGAGGGGGGGCGUCGAAGCGCCCGCGCCGGGCUCCUGCCCUCACCCUCCGGCGCUCCUGCGGCCCCAAGCCGCCACCUCGGUGCCUGCCUCCUUCCUCUUCUCGCCGAGAGCCGCCCCUGGGAUCGGCCCCGCGCGCCCCGGAUGCUGGGGCUGCCCCGGCGCGCCCCCCUGCCGGCGCGACGCGCUGAGUGAACCGGAGGGCGCCCGCGCUCGCCCCAGGAGGGGCCCCCCGACCUCGGGACCCCGCGCCGGACCCGCCGGGGAGACGACGAUGUCCGCGCGGUCCCCGGCUCUGACGCGCUCCACGCAGCCGGGCGAAGGCGGCCGGCCGCAGCCCGCCGAGCCCUAGGUGCACAAAGCCCGCGCCCGCCGCCCGGCCUCGGCGCCCGCCGACGACUUUGCCGCCCGCUCCGCGGCUCUUUGUCUCCGCUUGGGGCGGGCGCUCGACUCUGGGAUUUCGGUGCGAGAGCGGGCUGGGGGGGCCGGGGGCGAGCUCUCGGUUUCCCGGCCGCCCCCCGCUCGGGCUUGGCUCCCCCCUCCCCCGCACCUCCCCGGCCCGGGCUCUCGGCGCUUCCACGCUCUCGGAAUCACGACCCCUCCCUGCCAUGUAUCCGCAAGGCAGACAUCCGGCUCCCCAUCAGCCCGGGCAGCCGGGAUUUAAAUUCACGGUGGCUGAGUCUUGUGACAGGAUCAAAGACGAAUUCCAGUUCCUGCAAGCUCAAUACCACAGCCUCAAAGUGGAGUACGACAAGCUGGCGAACGAGAAGACGGAGAUGCAGCGCCAUUAUGUGAUGUACUACGAGAUGUCCUAUGGCUUGAACAUUGAAAUGCACAAGCAGACAGAGAUUGCGAAGAGACUGAACACGAUUUUAGCACAGAUCAUGCCUUUCCUAUCACAAGAGCACCAGCAGCAGGUGGCGCAGGCAGUGGAGCGAGCCAAGCAGGUCACCAUGACGGAGCUGAACGCCAUCAUCGGGGUACGUGGACUCCCCAGUCUGCCUCUCACCCAACAGCAGCUCCAGGCGCAGCACCUCUCCCACGCCACGCACGGCCCCCCGGUCCAGCUGCCGCCCCACCCGUCAGGCCUCCAGCCUCCAGGGAUUCCCCCGGUGACGGGGAGCAGCUCGGGGCUGCUGGCGCUUGGUGCCCUGGGCAGCCAGGCCCACCUGGCGGUGAAGGAUGAGAAGAACCACCAUGAGCUGGACCACAGAGAGAGAGAAUCCAGUGCGAACAACUCGGUGUCGCCCUCGGAAAGCCUGCGGGCCAGUGAGAAGCACCGGGGCUCCGCAGACUACAGCAUGGAAGCCAAGAAGCGGAAAGCGGAGGAGAAGGACAGUUUGAGCCGAUACGACAGUGACGGGGACAAGAGUGACGACCUGGUGGUAGACGUUUCCAACGAGGAUCCAGCGACGCCCCGGGUCAGCCCGGCACACUCCCCUCCUGAAAACGGGCUGGACAAGGCCCGUGGCCUGAAGAAGGAUGCCCCCACCAGCCCUGCCUCGGUGGCCUCCUCCAGCAGCACGCCCUCCUCCAAGACCAAAGACCUUGGUCACAAUGACAAAUCCUCCACCCCUGGGCUCAAGUCCAACACGCCAACCCCGAGGAACGAUGCCCCAACUCCAGGCACCAGCACAACCCCGGGGCUCCGGUCGCUGUCGGGCAAAGCUCCAGGCAUGGACCCGAUAGCCUCGGCCCUGCGCACGCCGAUCUCCAUUACCAGCUCCUACGCCGCGCCCUUUGCCAUGAUGAGCCACCACGAGAUGAACGGCUCCCUCACCAGCCCCAGCGCCUAUGCCGGCCUCCACAACAUCCCACCCCAGAUGAGCGCCGCCGCCGCCGCCGCCGCUGCCGCCUAUGGCCGAUCGCCAAUGGUGAGCUUUGGAGCUGUUGGUUUUGACCCUCACCCCCCCAUGCGGGCCACGGGCCUGCCCUCAAGCCUGGCCUCCAUUCCUGGUGGAAAACCAGCCUACUCUUUCCACGUGAGUGCUGACGGGCAGAUGCAGCCCGUGCCCUUCCCCCACGACGCCCUGGCAGGCCCCGGCAUCCCCAGGCACGCCCGGCAGAUCAGCACACUGAGCCACGGGGAGGUGGUGUGCGCGGUGACCAUCAGCAACCCCACGAGGCACGUGUACACGGGGGGCAAGGGCUGUGUGAAGAUCUGGGACAUCAGCCAGCCGGGCAGCAAGAGCCCCGUCUCCCAGCUGGACUGCCUGAACAGGGACAACUACAUCCGCUCCUGCAAGCUGCUCCCCGACGGGCGCACGCUCAUCGUGGGCGGCGAGGCCAGCACGCUCACCAUCUGGGACCUGGCCUCGCCCACGCCCCGCAUCAAGGCCGAGCUGACGUCCUCGGCUCCGGCCUGCUACGCCCUGGCCAUCAGCCCCGAUGCCAAAGUCUGCUUCUCCUGCUGUAGCGACGGGAACAUCGCCGUGUGGGACCUGCACAACCAGACCCUGGUCAGGCAGUUCCAGGGCCACACGGACGGGGCCAGCUGCAUAGAUAUCUCCCACGACGGCACCAAGCUGUGGACCGGAGGCCUGGACAACACCGUGCGCUCCUGGGACCUGCGGGAGGGCCGGCAGCUGCAGCAGCACGACUUCACCUCCCAGAUCUUCUCGCUGGGUUACUGCCCCACCGGGGAGUGGCUGGCCGUGGGCAUGGAGAGCAGCAACGUGGAGGUGCUGCACCACACCAAGCCUGACAAGUACCAGCUGCACCUGCACGAGAGCUGCGUGCUGUCCCUCAAAUUCGCCUACUGCGGCAAGUGGUUUGUGAGCACUGGGAAAGAUAACCUUCUCAACGCCUGGAGGACACCGUACGGAGCCAGUAUAUUCCAGUCUAAGGAAUCCUCGUCUGUCUUGAGUUGUGACAUUUCGGCGGAUGACAAAUAUAUUGUAACAGGCUCUGGUGACAAGAAGGCCACAGUUUAUGAGGUCAUCUACUAAACAAGGACUGUAACAGGGCCGUCAAACUCUGGGAGAAACAGACUCGGCUGUGCCAGGGAGACCCCGGCGAGGGGCCCCGCGGAUGUGGAGGACGGGUGGCCAGCGGCCCUGCGCUGCGCUCCAACGGGCUGAGAAGGCGCGCACAUCGGGGUCGGGACUCCUGGGCACGGAUUGACGUGCCUCACGGACUCCGAUGGAUUUCUCCCCUCCUCCUCCCCUCAACGACCCUGGCCGAUGCUACCCAUAGAUUUAUCUGGAGGCUCGUGGCUCCAGCUCCCCACAGACACCCUCAUGAAUCUCUUUCCUUCCCCUUUUUUCUGAUGUGUCCCCUACUCUGGCUUGGGGACACUGAAGUGUGGACCACACGUUUGUGCCGGGGGAGGGGGGGUUCACAGCCCCAGCUGUGCAGUGCACGAGAUUUGUGAAAAGUGUAAAUAACAGACUCCUAUCACGGACUGGUCGGGGCAGCGGGAGGGAAGGCUCCUUCCACUGGCAACGGCAGCCGUGGGUUUCGCCUGCUGUAUUUGUAAUCCACUCGUGGUGGUGGCUUUUUUUUUUUUUUUUUUUUUUU